GGCGACUACGGGUGACCCGGAUGCACUCCAGGCGACUCCCGCCCCCUCUACCAUGGCGGACCUCAACCGGCAGCUGCAGGAAUACUUGGCCCAGUCAAAAGGCGCCGGCUCGGCGGAUACCGUCCCCCUGCUGCCCGCGGAGGGAAAGGAGGCGGCGGAGGCCGGGAGGACGUCCUCGGUGGGAGUCUGGCUGGGCCGAGUGAACCCCUUCCCGGGCCGGGGCGGCCUCGGCUGGGCCUGGCUGCGGGGGCCGGCGCUGCCGCCUGAGGACCCCGACCGGGGCCCAGGGCCGCCGUGCCUGCCGAGCCUGUCGCGCUGGCAGCGCCUGUCAGCGAGCGGGGUGUGCCUGGUGUUGGCGGCGCUCUGCUUCGGGCUGGCCGCGCUCUACGCGCCGAUGCUGCUGCUCCGCGCCCGCAAGUUCGCCCUGCUCUGGUCGCUGGGCUCCGUGUUCGCGCUGGCGGCCGCCGCGUUAUUGCGCGGGGGCCCCGCCUGCCUGCGGCUGCUGCGCUGCGAGGAGCGGCCGUCGCGGGGCGCGCUGCUCUACCUGGCGGCGGUGGGCGGCACGCUCUACGCGGCGCUGGGGCUGCGCAGCACGGCGCUCACGGCGCUCGGCGCCGCCUCGCAGGUGGCCGCGCUGCUGGCAGCGCUGCUGGGCCUGCUGCCCUGGGGCAGUGGCCCGGCCUUGCGCUACGCGCUCGGGGGCCUGUGCGGCGGCCUGGCCCGGACCCUGCCCGUGUGAGCCGCCCGGCCUGCUGAGCGCGCACCCCGAGACUGCGGCGGGGA